AAUACCUAUAUCUCAGGCUGUGUAAUCCACGCGCUCAAAACUUGCAUAUUUAUCACACCAAAUCGUCCGUGAAUUGCACGCGUAUCUUAUGCGAAUUAGGAUUGAGCGUACCGGAGCUUCUUAAUUUCGAGCAAUUUCGUUUGUGUUUUUAUCAAUUAAAGGAUAAAUAAAAUUUUCCCCUAAAAUCUUUUUAUCAGACCCAAAUUUUCGUUCGUCUUUUUAGUUUCCCUCUCUUUCUUUGGAGGGAAAAUUUCCAAUUUUUGAAGCUUUUUAAUCGUUACUUGUUACCAGUUGCGAAGUGUUACUGAGCUGAGGGACUGAUCGAACUGGAAUCAGCUGUGUUAGGCAACUUUAUGCGAACAAUCUGUGGAAGAUCACAACUUAUAAACACAUCUACAAAAAAUUUCAAGUUGUUAAGCAUCUGAAUCUGGUUCUUUCCCAAGUUUGAGAUGCAAACCAAGAAAGUAGCAAUGGGAAGAAAUUCUUCUAAAGCUCUUGCUAGUCCAAAAGUUUCAAAAACUCAGAAGAAGGUGCCUGAAAAUGUCAACAACCAAGAAAACAAAGCCUCUCAGAUGAUUACAUCUUCUGCUAGAAAACUAAAACCAGCAGCAGCCACCUACACAAAGGAUAGCAAGGAGAAUGUUGAUGCAACUAAUUUAAAUUCUAGAGGCAUAUCAGAUAAUAACACAAAUGCCACAAUAUGUUUGGAAAAUGAUUCUUAUAUUGCAAUCAACAACAUGUCUGUGGAUUCUGAGGGAUGUGAGACAACAGAAUCUUUUUCAAAUGGAACCAUAUUUUCUCCUGCAUUCCACAUUUCCAGAAAUAUUGAUGGAGAAAUUGUAGAUGGAGGAUGUGGUCUAUCAAGUGAAGUUUCAGCCAUAUACCAAUGCAUGAAAGACUCAAAGCUAGAAUGUGUUGAUGAAGAUGACCAUGAACAUGAACAUGAUCAUACAUCAUCCGAUGUUCAAAUGGAAGAUGAUGAAUGCGAAGAAUACGAUGAAUUUGAUCCAUAUUUUUUUAUAAAAAACUUGCCAGAAUUAGCCUCUGUUGUUCCAUCUUUCAGGCCUAUCUUACUUCCCAAACAAACACGAAGUUGCCCUCCAACUACCCUCGUCCUAGAUUUGGAUGAGACAUUGGUGCAUUCAACAUUGGAAGCAUGUGAAGAUGCAGAUUUCACAUUUUUGGUGAAUUUUAAUCUGGAAGAUCAUAGGGUGUAUGUUAGAUGUCGGCCUUACCUGAAGGAGUUCUUGGAGAGGGUGGCUGGGCUUUUUGAGAUUAUUAUUUUUACUGCAAGUCAAAGCAUAUAUGCUGAACAGCUUCUGAAUGUGUUGGAUCCAAAAAGGAAAGUAUUCAGACAUCGUGUGUAUCGUGAAUCCUGUGUUUUCUUUGAAGGCAAUUACCUCAAAGAUUUAUCUGUUCUUGGUCGUGAUUUGGCACGUGUUGUCAUGAUUGAUAACUCCCCUCAGGCAUUUGGAUUUCAAGUAGACAAUGGGAUACCAAUAGAGAGCUGGUUUGAUGAUCGUUCAGAUCAAGAGUUGGUUUCUUUAUUGCCAUUUUUGGAAAGUUUGGUAGGAGUUGAAGAUGUGCGUCCUAUAAUUGCCAAGAAGUUUAACCUCAGAGACAAAAUAGCUGCAGCAAUUUGUCCUUUAGCUUUUGAAACCUGAAAAAACAAAACCAAAAUAAUCAUUCAGACUUGAGUCCUUCAUGGAUAAAUUAAUGUUUCAGUUUGUAUUUCAGGAGUCUGCUUUGUCUACUGCUUUGAGUCUUUUUCUUUUUAUUAUUUAAAAAAAAAAAAAGAAUGUCUUGUUUUGAAUUUGAUUUGUUUUAGUUUGCAUCUCUCAUGUCAAGGAAUAACUUGUAG